AUGACCAAUGAGACCGUGGCGACCAUGGUGACCGAGUUCAUCCUCAGGGGCUUCUCGGACAGGCCAGAGCUGCGGCCCGUGAGCACAGCCUGCUUCCUGCUCAUCUACCUCUUCGCCCUGCUGGGGAACGGCUCCAUCAUCGCCGCGGUGACCAGGGACGGCCGCCUGCACACUCCCAUGUACUUCUUCCUCAAGAACCUGUCCUUCCUGGACGUGUGCUACACCUCGGUCACCGUGCCCAGGGCGCUGGCCAGCACACUCCUGGGCUCGGGGGUCAUUUCCUUUGGGGAGUGCGUGGCCCAGCUCUUUCUGUUUGUGACGCUGUGUGCGUCCGAGUGCUUCCUGCUCACCUCCAUGGCCUACGACCGCUGCCUGGCCAUCCACAGGCCCCUGCUCUACAGGGCCCUGAUGAGCAGGAAGCUGUGCGUGGAGCUGGUCGCUGGGGCCUGGGUGGGCGGGGCCCUCUACGCCGUCUUCCACACGGCCAACACCUUCUCCCUGCCCUUCUGCGGCCCCAACGUCAUCGACCACUUCUUCUGCGACAGCUCCCCCAUCAUGAGGCUGGCCUGCGCCGACCCCCACACCAACGAGGAGGUGGGGUUCGCCGUGGGCGGGUGUGUCAUUCUUGGCGCCUUCGCCCUCACCCUGGUCUCCUACGCCCUCAUCAUCUCUACCAUCGCGCAGAUGCGCUCUGCCAGCGGGCGGCGGAAGGCCUUCUCCACCUGCUCCUCACACCUGGCCACCGUCGUCCUGUUCUACGUCACCGGGAGCUUUGCCUACCUGAGGCCGGCUUCCCACUACUCUCCCACCCAAGGGCGGCUGGUGUCUGUGUUCUACUCCAUCCUCACCCCCAGCCUCAACCCUGUCGUCUACUGUCUGAGGAACACAGACAUGCAGGCUGCCCUGAGGAAGCUCUUCGCCCCCUCCCCGUAG